AGCAAAGUUAAAGUGGCGGGAGUAGGGAUCCUUUGUAUUGUUCGAUUCCUUCACGUAUCAGCUAAAACAAUGGGAAUUCAAGGCUUGUCAAAAGUUCUUGGAGACUAUGCUCCGUCAGCAAUAAAAGAAAACGAUAUCAAAAAUUAUUUUGGUCGUAAGGUAGCGAUCGACGCAUCAAUGAGCAUUUAUCAGUUCUUGAUUGCUGUCAGGCAAGACGGAUCACAGUUGAUGAAUGAAGAAGGGGAAACAACAAGUCAUCUGAUGGGGAUGUUUUACCGCACAAUACGAUUGCUGGAAAAUGGAAUCAAGCCAGUUUACGUCUUUGAUGGAAAGCCACCAGACAUGAAAUCUGGAGAGCUCAACAAGCGCAAAGAGAGGCGAGAUGAAGCUCAGAAGGAGCUGGAGAAGGCAGAGGAAGCAGGUGAUGAGGAAAAUAUUGACAAGUUUAAUCGCCGCUUAGUCAAAGUCACCAAGCAGCACAAUGAUGACUGCAAAGAGUUGCUGAGGUUGAUGGGGGUCCCAUACAUUGAGGCACCAUGUGAAGCUGAAGCUCAGUGUGCCACCCUAGUCAAGAGUGGGAAAGUAUAUGCAGCAGGAACAGAAGAUAUGGAUGCGCUCACUUUUGGCUCCAAAAUACUUUUGAGGCACCUCACUUUCAGUGAAGCCAGGAAAAUGCCAAUCAGAGAAUAUUAUCUAAAUCAAAUCUUGGAUGAGAUGAAAUUUACGAUGGACCAGUUCAUUGAUCUGUGCAUUCUUCUUGGCUGUGACUAUUGCGACUCCAUCAAGGGCAUUGGACCCAAAAGAGCUGUUGAGCUUAUCCGCCAGCAUAAAAACAUAGAAAAUGUUAUAAAAAAUCUUGACUCUAAGAAAUAUCCAGUGCCAGAAGACUGGAUGUAUAAGGAAGCUCGCAAACUGUUUCAAGAACCAGAAGUCACAGAUAUUGAAUCACUGGAGCUGAAGUGGACCGAACCAGAUGAAGAAGCUCUUGUGGAAUUCAUGGUCAAGCAACAUAAUUUCAAUGAGGAAAGGAUACGAAAUGGGGUGAAAAAGAUACAGAAAGCAAGAGGAGGAAGUACACAGGGCCGUCUUGAUACAUUUUUCUCCGUGGUUUCAAAAUCAUCUGCCACAACAUCAGCCAAGAGAAAGAUGGAGGAAGAAAAAGGAAGCAAUAAAAAGAAAGGUAAAGGGAAUGCAUUCAAGAAACCAAAGUGAGAAGACCUACUGGGAAAAUGUGUUGACCAUGAGAAAAAAUAUUUAAUAAAAAGAAACUAACUGCUUCAUUUGGGAAGUGGUUAUUAAAUAAAUUUAUUGCUACUUAAAUGUACCUGAUGUUGAUUAGACCUUUUUUUAUGCAUGUGAUAUCCAAAGAUCAUCUAAUAGAAAGUGAAUUUAUUUCCACAUUUGUUCAAAGUUUUAUACCAGAUAGAAAUAAAUUGAAAUGUCAUUUUUUAUUUUGAAAACCCACAGGUAAUGGCAUCAAAGAUUUAAAUUGUCAGAAGAGCCGAGCAUACAUAUUACAAUACUUCUCUGAUUAGAGUCAUGUUAAUGCAAAGCACCACUUUUUAUUAAUUUGAUAUCAACUAUGAUCACAUUGUCUUAAAUAACACAGCAAUGUGGCUGUUUAAGAAAAAAUCCAACACACUUGUGCAAUAAAUCAAUUCUACAUCCCUACACAA